CCGGGGUUGCUCACCCCUCGCGACUUCCAGUCGAAUGUGAUCCCGGGCGCUGCAGAACCACCACCACCACACGGCUUCCUGUUCCGCCAGCCCAACAUCGGCCGGCGGGACUCAAGACACUUGUAACGCGACUGCCCAUUGGUUUAGUGUAACAGGGGCACGUCCAAAAGCUUUGGGGAUUGGCUGGAGCUGUGGCCCUUUGGCGGAGUCCAGCAGCUCAAAAAUUGACCUCGGAGGGAGAGGGGCGCGCCUGAACCCCGCGGCCCUUGGAAACUGCGGCGCGAUUCUCCCGGCGGAGAGGCGGUGGCCGGUAGCGCUGGGUGCUGCGCUGCACGGUCUGCGAAAGAUCAUGUCCGGCGAUGCGAACAAAAGCUUGGGAAAAGGAAGCCCCCCUCCAGGGCCGGUCCAGGAAGGCCUCAUCCGCCUCUACAGCAUGAGGUUCUGCCCCUACGCGCACAGAACGCGCCUGGUCCUCUAUGCCAAAGGAAUCAAGCAUGAAAUUGUCAACAUUAAUUUGAAAAGCAAGCCUGAUUGGUACUUUACAAAGCACCCCUUUGGCCAAAUACCCGUCCUGGAGAACAGCAAGUGCCAGCUGAUCUGGGAGUCUGCUAUCACGUGUCCCACAUUUGACCAAGGAGUGUCUGAUAGCAAUGAGAUGUGGGAGAGAGAGCAUGGACCUGAAGACAGUCCUGUGUCAGGAACUCGGCAACCUGGAAGAGGUACAGAGAGGGAGCCCUCUCCUGGUCAGGUUCUUGCCCACCAGCAGACCACCUUCUUUGGCGGGAACUUUGUAUCCAUGAUUGAUUACCUGUUUUGGCCCUGGUUCGAGCGGCUGGAUGCAUAUGGGCUAGCUGACUGUGUGGACCACACCCCAAAACUUAGGCUCUGGAUGGCAGUCAUGAAGCAGGACCCUGCAGUGUGUGCUCUUUUCACGGAUAAGAACGUUUUCCUGGGCUUCUUGAGUCUCUAUUUUCAGAACUGCCCCGACGCCUUUGACCAUGGGCUGGUUUGCUGAGUCAUCCAACUUUCCCAAGCAGGCUGUGAUUCUGCACCUGGGAUUGUCCUGGGGCUCGUUCAAUCUCUGUUAGUUGUCCUGAGGGUCCCAAUAAAAA